AUGAUGUUUAAGGAAACAAUUGUUAGUUUUAGACCUGAGCGAGAAAUCCGCAAAACUAUUUUGGUUCCGGGGGACUACAACUUAGUUCCUUAUGAAGAUGCGAGAUGUAAAAUCAGACUCGGAGACGUGAAAUGUAGCAAUAGAGCUGGGCCGUGUGAAAUAGAGCCGGAAAGUCGUAUUUUCAACAUUCCUUUCGACGGGAACGUCAUCAUAGGAGACAUGGACUCUUUCAUAGACAGAGAUGUCGAGAUACUGCUACAGCGAAUGUGCUGCGGGGAGAUCAGCAGGGCCAAUCUGACUUACAAAAACAGUCACGGUGACUUGAUCAAGGAGAUUACUUUUAGGAUAGAGCUGGUGGAUGUGACGGAAGAACAGUUGAUAAGCGACUGGAGCUGGGCGAGGCUGUUCGAGUCCGCGGCUCAUCACAAGGAACGCGGAGUACAGCUAGUGAAGGACAAACGCGUGGUGGACGGCUUUAGGAGGUUCUCUAAAGCUAUGAAAAUGCUCAUCGCUAUUGAGCCUGUCGAUAAAAGUUCCAUAGAUGACGAGAGGGUCAAAGAGUUUAUUAAUAUGAGGGUAAAGUUAUACAACAAUAUGGCACACUGUCAGCUCCAGUUUGAGGAAUUUGGAGCAGCACUGGAUUUAUGUUCAAGGGCGCUCAAAUAUGACUCGGAAAAUAUCAAAGCAUUGUACAGACGGUCAAUCGCUUAUGUGGGACUCCACAUGUAUGAAGAAGCCUGGACUGACAUUCAAAGGGCUCUCAGUAUAGACCCUAACGAUAAAGCAUCUUUGAUGAAAGCCAAUGAACUACGUCCACACUUCGAGAAAAUAAAUGAAAACUAUAAUUCAGUUAUCAAGAAGAUGUUUCGUUGA